AAGAAGAAGAAACAGACGAAGAAGAAGAGGAGGAGGAAGACGGUCUUUGUUGGCGGCAGCGUGCACGCAGCUCCGACGUAGGUUUGUGUCUGACAGCCGAACGUUUCCUUUGCAGACAUGGUGAAGCUUUCCGCGGAGCUCAUCGAGCAGGCGGCCCAGUACACCAACCCGGUUCGGGACCGGGAGCUGGACCUUCGGGGCUACAAGAUCCCGGUUCUGGAGAACCUUGGAGCCACUCUAGACCAGUUUGACACCAUAGACUUUUCAGAUAAUGAAGUGAGGAAACUGGACGGCUUUCCUUUGCUGAAGCGGCUAAAAACACUUCUGAUGAACAACAACCGGAUCUGUCGUUUAGGAGACAACCUGGAGCAGUCUCUGCCGGGCCUGAAGGAGCUGAUUCUGACCAACAACAACAUCCAGGAGCUGGGCGACCUGGACCCUCUGGCCUCGGUGAAGACUCUGACUCUGCUCAGCUUGUUAAGGAAUCCGGUUACAAACAAGAAGCAUUACAGGCUGUACGUCAUCAGCAAGCUGCCUCACAUCCGCGUGCUGGACUUUCAGAAGGUCAAAAUGAAGGAACGGCAGGAGGCCGAGAAGUUAUUCAAAGGCAAACGUGGUGCCCAGCUGGCCAAAGACAUCGCCAAGCGAACAAAAACGUUCAUUCCUGGAGUUGCUCAGCAGCAGGAGAAGAAGCGGUCUGGACCUUCUCAGGCUGAGGUGGAAGCCAUCAAGCACGCCAUCAGCAACGCCUCGUCACUGGCGGAGGUGGAGAGGCUGAAGGGCAUGCUGCAGGCAGGGCAGAUUCCAGGCCGAGAGGACAGACAAGGCCUGCCUGAGGUGGAGGAGGAGGAGGAUGAAGAGGAAAUCACUGAAGCUGUGGAGGCGCAGAUGGAGGAAGGUUAUGAAGAGAACGAUCAGGAAGAGAAGGAGCUGGAAGACGCUCCUCAUGAAAACGGCUCGUAAAACUGAUUUUGUAGAACAAAUGAGGAUUUUUUUUUUUAAGCUGGCUUUAAUAAACAUUUCAUGUGUUUCUGAGA